CCUCGCGCACCCCCGCCCCUCCACCAAAGAAGAGGCAGAGCCGGUGUUUUUCCACUCAGCAGGAUGGGUGAUGCUCGACGCUCCCUCAUUAGACAACGGAGACGAGAGGUCAGGAAGAAAGCGCUUAUAAAUUACCCUUUCUUCCCCCGCAGCCCGGCUAGUCGGGCGGCCCCUUUCCCCAGGACGCACAGCACGGACGCCCCUAGCGCCCUGGCCAGCCACCUGAGCCCGCCGCAGGAAGAGACAAUCCAUUCAGGAGAGACUCUUCUUCAUAAACCAGAAAAAUGGCAACAAAGGAGAAGCUGCAGUGUUUGAAAGAUUUCCACAAGGACAUCCUCAAACCUUCCCCUGGCAAGAGCCCUGGCACACGUCCUGAGGAUGAGGCAGAGGGGAAGCCACCUCAACGGGAGAAGUGGGCGAGUAAGAUUGACUUUCUGCUGUCUGUGGCUGGUGGAUUUAUUGGUUUAGGCAAUGUCUGGCGGUUUCCAUAUCUCUGCUAUAAAAAUGGCGGAGGUGCUUUUCUUAUACCUUAUUUCAUUUUCCUGUUCGGGGGAGGUCUUCCAGUGUUUUUCCUGGAGGUGGCACUAGGACAGUUUACUUCUGAAGGAGGAAUUACAUGCUGGGAAAAGAUCUGCCCUAUUUUCACUGGAAUUGGUUAUGCUUCCAUAGUGAUUGUGUCCCUUCUGAACGUGUACUACAUUGUCAUCCUGGCUUGGGGAGUGUACUAUCUGUUCCAGUCAUUUCAGAGCAUCCUACCUUGGUCACUUUGUGAUCAGAAGUGGAACACACCUACUUGCGUGGAAGACACUCUCAGGAAGAACAAAACACUCUGGAUGUCACUGAACGUUACAAACUUCACUUCUCCUGUCACAGAGUUUUGGGAGCACAACGUACUGAGUUUGUCUGGGGGAAUUGAAGAGAUCGGUAUCGUCAAGUGGGAUCUGGCACUGUGUCUUCUCUUUGUCUGGGUGAUAUGUUUCUUCUGCAUUUGGAAAGGCGUCAAGUCUACUGGGAAAGUUGUGUACGUCACCGCUACAUUCCCAUUCGUCAUGCUAUUUGUGCUGUUAAUCCGAGGUGUCACCCUGCCUGGAGCUGCAGAGGGCAUCAAAUUUUACCUUUAUCCUGAUGUAUCACGGUUAGCAGAUCCACAGGUCUGGAUAGAUGCCGGGACACAAAUCUUCUUCUCAUAUGCAAUCUGCUUAGGAGCAAUGACAUCCCUGGGAAGCUACAACAAAUACAAAUACAACUGCUACAGGGACUGUUUGCUGCUGGGAUGCCUGAACAGUGGUACCAGUUUUGUGUCUGGCUUCGCAAUUUUUUCCGUCCUGGGCUUCAUGGCACAAGAGCAAGGGGUGAACAUUGCUGAUGUGGCAGAGUCAGGUCCAGGCCUGGCUUUCAUUGCCUAUCCAAAAGCUGUGACCAUGAUGCCAGUGCCUACAGUUUGGGCUAUCCUUUUCUUUGUUAUGCUUCUGUUGAUUGGACUGGAUAGCCAGUUUGUUGAAGUUGAAGGACAGAUCACGUCAUUAGUUGAUCUGUACCCAUCCUUCCUAAGGAAGGGUUACCGACGGGAAAUCUUCAUUGCUAUAGUGUGUUUCAUUAGCUAUCUUCUGGGACUAACUAUGGUGACCGAAGGUGGCAUGUAUGUGUUUCAACUCUUUGACUACUAUGCAGCUAGUGGUGUAUGCCUUUUGUGGGUUGCAUUCUUUGAAUGUGUUGCUGUAGCCUGGGUUUAUGGCGCUGAUAAUAUUUACGAUGCCAUUGAAGAUAUGAUUGGAUACAGACCUGGUCCCUGGAUGAAAUGGAGCUGGCUUGUAAUCACACCACUUCUGUGUGUGGGGUGCUUUAUCUUUUCUCUGGUCAAGUAUACGCCGCUCACCUAUAACAAAGUCUACACAUAUCCUGAUUGGGCAAUUGGUCUGGGAUGGGUUCUCGCUCUUUCUUCCAUGGUCUGCAUCCCAAUGGUGAUGGUCAUCCGCAUUGUACAGUCAGAUGGCUCACUUAUUGAGAGGAUAAAAGCAGUGGCUGCCCCUAGAGAGGUGAAUCGGUGGGCCAAAGAAACAGAAAGCACCUCCUCGUUCUGCCCCAACGGAACUCCCAACGGUGGAUUGAUUAAGCCAACUCAUGUCAUUGUGGAGACUAUGAUGUGAGCUCUCUCUGUGAGAGGAUAAUCCUGCUUUAAUUGCCGUUUACUAACCAUAGAUUCUCAUAGGACUGGGUUUACAGAGUUUUCUAUUUGCACUAGGAUUUAUUUUUAUUUCUCACAGAGAAAGUUAUUUUGUGGUGUUUCUUUUUGUUUUUGUUUUUUACAUAUUUUGUAAGGUAAUCACAGCAGAAGCCUCUUGCAGGAGGCGGCAGAUAUUUCAUAUUUAGACUAGACCUAUUAUAGGAAUAUACUACCACUGGGAUUAAAAAGAUGUAUAAUAGCUCUCAGAAUAUUAUAUAUCUUAUCACUUGAAUUGAUUUUCUUGCCAGCAAUAUAGUCAAAUCUCAGAAAGCAAUGUUUUAGGUGCUGGUGUGCUUGGGAACAGGGUAAACCCUAGAACUCAUGAGUGAGCUCUAUGAAGAGAAAUUGCAACAAGAUGGAUGUAGCUUCAAGGAAUUAGUUUGCAAAGGUGUAGUGCUUUCUUCCUCUGGUUCAGCCAGUGUGACUGACAGAUUUCUGUGUCAUCCUGUUACCUUUGCUUCCUGAGCACAGAGUAAUAAACUCUGACACAGCAGAAGACAAAAUACCUAUUGGCUGCAGAAGACAUUUGCCCGAGGAAGGUGUAUUGUGUUCAAGUUAGUUUUCCUGCAUGCCAUAGGUUAGUGGAGGUGUUACUGGUUUAAACUUGCACUUUGUAAGAAUAGAACAGUAUGAGCAGCAUGUGUGAGUGCUAAGACUUUCAUUAUGGAAAGGCAGCAUUUAUGUUUAAUGGAAUAUAUUAAACUCUUGAGCUUUGGUAUAAAAAUAAAAAUAUCAUGAGGCCAUUGAUAGCACCUAGCUUAAUAGCCAACAGCCAAUAUUCAUAACAAUAGGAAAAAAGUAGCCCAUGUAUAUACCAGGCAUUUCCAGCAAGCACACAUUUAAUAACAGUAAUUAGAGGAAGCGGAUAAUGAUGCUUACUGCAGCCAUAUGCGCUUUUCAACCAAAUACCUCAAACUGGUAUCCCUAUUAAUUUAUUUAUUUUUACUAUUCUGGUUGCCACUGGGGAAGCAGACACAGGGAAGGGAAGCAACUUGUCCUAGGUUACAGCAACUCAGUGGCAGAGCUAGGACUAGAACUCUGAUUUCCUGACUGUCUUGCCCUAGGACCAUGCUACCGCCAUUUUGAUUUUUUGGUUAAUCCAUUUAUGGGGGACAAAAGGGAGAAUUCAACCUACUGUAAACUAGGGUCUUAUGUAAAUGAAGAGAAGAAAGUACAUAGCUUAUUUGGUUUAAAAACAGUACAUGGCAUUCCAAUUUAGAGAAAGAAAGAAAGCAAGCACUCAAUGCAGUACAAAGCUCCAAAACAUUU